CUACAAUUUCUAUGUUUGCAGAGAGAUGGGAGUUUGCGUAGACCAAUGAAUAAAAGGUUUCUACAAAAUGUCCGUUUUGUCCCUGCGAACUCUUCAUUCGUCGACGAUGUCUUCCAUCUCAAAAGUAAAGCUUCCUUGGUCCACAAGCUUUCAGAAUCUACCCAUCUCUUUCUCACGAGCUCAUUGCAAAGUUCAAUUUUCAAACUUGGGUUCGCGAGCGACACAUUCACUGUGAAUCGCCUCAUAAACAGCUAUGUGAAGCUCAGAGAAACCAACACUGCACGCAAGCUGUUCGACGAAAUGCCUGAACCAAACGUCGUUUCCUGGACUUCGGUUAUCUCUGGGUUUAACGACACGGGUCAACCUCAAACUGCUCUGUCUAUGUUCCAACAAAUGCACGAAGACGAAUAUGUAGCUCCCAACGAGUUCACGUUCGCGAGUGUAUUCAAAGCCUGCUCUGCUUUGGCAGAAUCAAGAAUCGGGAAAAGCAUCCACGCCCGUCUUGAGAUGUCCGGGCGGAGAAGCAACACCGUGGUGAGCUCCUCUCUUCUUGACAUGUAUGGCAAAUGCAACGACGUGGAAACAGCUAGACGGGUUUUCGACUCGAUGAUUGGCUGUGGGAGAAACGUUGUUUCUUGGACAUCGAUGAUCACUGCUUAUGCGCAGAACGCUCGUGGACAUGAAGCUAUUGAGUUAUUUAGAACAUUCAAUGCUGAUACAACGACGUUGGAUAGACCGAAUCAGUUUAUGCUAGCUAGUGUUAUUAGUGCUUGCUCUAGUUUAGGUAGGCUACAAUGGGGUAAAGUUGCUCACGGUGUAGUUACUCAUGGUGGUUACGAAACGAACCAUGUGGUUGCCACGUCGCUUCUUGAUAUGUACGCCAAAUGUGGGUCUCUAAGCUGUGCAGAGAAGAUCUUCUUGACGAUUUGCCGUCACUCUGUGAUCUCGUACACGUCUAUGAUCAUGGCAAAGGCAAAGCAUGGACUUGGAGAAGCCGCGCUUCAGCUUUUCGACGAGAUGGUUGCGAAGAGAAUAAGGCCUAACUAUGUAACGUUACUCGCCGUGUUACACGCUUGUAGCCAUUCGGGUUUAGUCACCGAAGGACUAGGAUACUUGAACUCAAUGGUUGAGAAGUACGGUGUGGUUCCUGAUCCCAGGCAUUACACUUGUGUUGUUGAUAUGCUUGGAAGAUUUGGCCGUGUUGACGAGGCUUACGCUCUGGCGAAAACUAUAGAAGUUGGAGGAGAGCAAGGUGCGCUCUUGUGGGGAGCUCUUCUCUCAGCUGGUAGGUUGCAUGGAAGAGUUGAUAUCGUUGGCGAGGCGAGCAAACGUUUAAUAGAAUCGAAUCAGCAAGUGACGAGUGCAUAUGUUGCAUUAUCUAAUGCUUAUGCUGUGGCUGGAGGGUGGGAAGAUUCAGAGUCUCUUCGUUUAGAGAUGAGACGUGGCGGAAAUGUGAAAGAGCGAGCUUGUAGCUGGAUUGAGAUUAAGGACUCGGUUUAUGCAUUUCAUGCUGGGGAUUUGUCGUGUGAUGAGAGCGGUGAGAUUGUGAGGUUUAUAAAGGAUCUGGAGAAGAGAAUGAAGGAGAGAGGACACAGGGGAAGUAGUAGUAUGAUCACGAGUUCAUCGGUUUUUGUUGAUGUGGAUGAAGAAGCCAAAGAGGAAAUUGUGAGUUUGCAUUGUGAGAGAUUGGCUUUAGCCUUUGGAUUGAUACAUUUGCCUGAAGGAUCGACGAUUAGGAUUAUGAACAACUUGAGGAUGUGCAGAGAUUGUCAUGAGGCUUUCAAGCUGAUCAGUGGGAUUGUGGAGAGGGAAAUUGUUGUUAGAGAUGUGAAUAGGUUUCAUUGCUUUAAGGAUGGAUCUUGUACUUGCCGUGAUUUUUGGUGAAUUUCUUUAACAUUUUUUUUAACUUUUUUGUUCUUUAAAACUUCACAUCUAAGAGUUGACGAUCUCGUUGCGCGGGUUUUUGUUUUCAUUUAUUUUUAUAUAAAUAUUUUGUUUUCAAUUCUAAAUUGGUAUAUAUUAUAAUAUAUAU